AUGUCCCAUGAAGACAUAGAUGCACAAGACAAUGUUUCCACAGCGGGGCACUUUGUCCUGCUGGGAUUCUCGGACCUUCCAAACCUCCAGGGCUUUCUGUCUGGGCUGUUCGCCAUCAUGUACUUGGCUGUCCUCAUUGGAAACAGCCUCAUAAUCCUAAUAAUAAGGCUGGACCCUGCCCUCCACAGACCCAUGUAUUUUUUCCUGGCAAAUUUUUCUUCUUUGGAAAUCUGUUAUGUUUCAGUCACUCUUCCGAGGAUUCUGUUCAACCUCUGGACUCAGAGGAGAACUAUUUCUAGGCUUGCUUGUGCCACACAGCUGUGCUUCUUCCUUGUCCUUGGAACCACUGAGUGUUUCCUGCUGGCCGUGAUGUCCUAUGACCGCUACGUGGCCAUCUGUAACCCUCUGCACUAUGCUCUGCUCAUGAGCCCAAGGAGGUGCGCUCAGCUGGCCGCUGGCUCCUGGCUCGGGGGGAUCCCAGUGCAGAUAGGACAAAUGUGUCAGAUAUUCUCUUUGCACUUCUGUAAUUCCAACCAAAUUGAGCACUUCUUCUGUGACAUCCCCCCCAUUCUCAAGCUGGCCUGCGGGGACACAUCUGCUCAUGAGGUGUCUGUCUAUGUGGUAGUCAUGUUGGUUGCUGCAGUUCCUUUCAUUCUGAUCCUUGCCUCUUACAGCAAAAUCAUUUCCACCAUUCUGAGGCUGCCCACAGCCAAGGGACGGGCCAAGGCCUUCUCCACCUGCUCUUCCCACCUGCUGGUUGUGGUUCUGUUUUUUGGAUCUGCUUCCAUGACAUAUUUCAGGCCCAAAUCCAGCCAUUCUGCAGGAACCGACAAGCUCCUGUCUCUUUUCUACACUAUCGUGACGCCCAUGCUCAACCCCAUGAUAUACAGCCUCAGGAACAAGGACGUGAUUGCUGCACUGAGAAGAGUAUUCCUUAAAACGCAGAGUCCUGGUUCUCCUUGA